AUGGAAGAUACCUCCCCCGGGGUGGUACGGGACUCGGCGACAAUCGAACCCUGGACUGCUCCGGGACUGGGCGACGAUACGAAGAAUGGCAUGGCGAGUCGACCCCCGCAAACGAAGGGAGUCCCGGGCUUUGCGUACAAGGAAAUACUACAAGAGGGCGGGAUACAGGAGCGCCCUGAAGACAGGUUGCAGACAGAGGCCAGGAUGCUACCUCCCUCCGACAAGAGGCACGGGCCGGAUGCGCAACCGCGCCCCGUGCCUCUCCCGGAAGACAUCACCGUGAGCACAGAAGAAGGCGGAACGAUUGGAGCUCCGGGAGCGAAAGCGACCUUACAGCAACAGACGGACGUAUCACCCCCUCAGCGUCAAGUGGAACCUGGACAUGUAAUCAUCACCAGCGCGUCGUUCUAUGGCAGCCUCGUCGUGCUGGACGGCCGCGCUGCAAGCGUUCUCCAAUUUCUCGCUCUCGACGGACGUCAAGUCGAUGGUAUGGCACCCCCACAACCCCAGCACCCUCGUCUCACCUCGAAGGAGGUCAUGACCGUGAUCGUAUACGACGUCCGGAAAGACCACUCGGCGCCGUUCCACCGGUACCAAGCACACUCGACCGUGUCAGCCUUCGACCCGACAAACUGA